CCUCUUCCGGCGGGCACUCGAAACCGCCGGGCCUGAAGCGGGCGCGCUUCCUGCCUGGAGGAGGCUGCGGGUCUUAAUCCGUGGCGCCUCGCCAGCUACAGGACGACGCGGGCUCUUGAGGGGCAGAGCAGCACAUCAUGCAGGAUCCCAAUGAAGAUACAGAAUGGAAUGACAUUUUAAGAGAUUUUGGCAUUCUUCCUCCUAAAGAAGAGUCAAAAGAUGAAAUUGAAGAAAUGGUUUUAGGUUUACAGAAAGAAGCAAUGGUGAAACCAUUUGAAAAGAUGACUCUUGCACAGCUGAAGGAAGCUGAAGAUGAAUUUGAUGAAGAAGAUAUGCAAGCUAUUGAAACAUACAGAGAGAAGCGGUUACAGGAAUGGAAAGCUCUUAAGAAAAAACAAAAAUUUGGAGAAUUAAGAGAAAUUUCUGGAAAUCAGUAUGUGAAUGAAGUCACAAAUGCAGAAAAAGAUGUGUGGGUUAUAAUUCAUCUAUACAGAUCAAGCAUCCCAAUGUGUUUGUUGGUUAACCAGCAUCUUAGUCUUCUAGCAAGAAAGUUUCCAGAAACUAAAUUUGUUAAAGCCAUCGUGAAUAGCUGUAUUCAACACUACCAUGACAAUUGUUUACCAACAAUUUUUGUUUAUAAAAAUGGUCAGAUAGAAGCCAAAUUCAUUGGAAUUUUAGAAUGUGGAGGGAUAAAUCUCAAGCUGGAAGAACUUGAAUGGAAGCUAGCAGAAGUUGGAGCAAUACAGACUGAUUUGGAAGAAAACCCCCAAAAAGACAUUGUAGAUAUGAUGGUAUCUUCAAUUAGAAACACUUCUAUUCAUGAUGACAGUGAUAGCUCCAACAGUGAUAAUGAUACCAAAUAGAGAGAAAUAUUCAGUAAAUAGCUUUUAGUAUAUGUGUACUGAA